UCCUAAUUCUUGUUUUUGUUUAAUUUAAUUAUAUUCACAGAUUGUAUUAAAGGACUCUCGUCCUGUAAUACUGUCACAGAGCUGUUGUUCUUGUGUUGCUGGGACAGCACUGUGCAACCACAUUGUUGCAUUACUCUACCAAGCAGCCCACUACUCACAGCUUGGCAUCAGUGCAGUUCCUCCAGUUCACAGCUGUACUGAAAUGGAGCAGAGCUGGCACAAACCCAGAACAAUGGGAAUCAAGCCUGGUCCUGUCAACAGAAUGCUGGUUCUGUCUGCAAGACCUAAAGAGAGGAAGCUUGCUGAGGGGUUAAGGAGUACCCUUUACAAGGGUGUCACCAGUGAGCUGCCUGACCUCUCAGUCCUCCAAAUAGCAGAGGCAUAUAAGGACUUUGCCAGUGCUGUAGCCCCUUUGGUCACCACUAUGGAGAUGUCGAAUGAUGAUCCUUUGGUUGAUUCUGCCUUUGGCAAAGUUCAGUAUGGAAGUGUGCUGUCAUACCAGCAGCCAGCAGCAACAACACCCAACAUUACUCACCAUCAGGAUGCCCCACCACCGCCACCUCUGCCACUAGUUGGUCACAGCUUUGACACAUCUGUUUGCUUGUUUGUCCAUAGUGAACAUGGACAACUACACAUGAAGUCACUGGCAGUAAGUUUGGAUAUGGCACAUAAGAUAGAGCAUGCCACCAAAGAACAAAGUGCAUCACUUGAUUGGCACUCUGUCCGAAAGCCCCGGGUAACAGCAUCACGUUUUAGGGAGGUUUGUCAUGUGCGUGGCCAGAGCUCAGCUGAACACCUGGCUGAAAGAAUCUACAAGGGAACUCGCCAGACAGCAGACAUGAAGAGAGGUCUUGAAAUGGAAUCUGCUGCAAUUGAGGAAUACUGUCUGCUGCGAGAAGUAAACUACCACUCUUGUGGAUUCUUAAUUCACCCCGAUGCACCUUGGCUGGGGGCCUCUCCUGAUGGGAUUAUUUUUGACCCUAAAGAGCACCAUGUUUUUGGUCUUUUAGAAAUCAAAUGUCCAAAUGUCAAAAGUUACGUGGACUGUCCUUACCUUAAAUUUAACAAUGGCACACCAGAACUGAAACAACAACAUGCAUACUAUUGGCAAGUUCAAGGACAAAUGCUGAUCUCAGGAUUGGACUGGUGUGAUUUUGUCAUUUAUGCACAGGAUGACAUGAUGGUCCAGCGCAUCUACAAAGACCUCAAAAUGUUUCAGAACAUUCGAGAGAAAGCCGACCAUUUCUUUUUUUACUUUUACCUGCCAAGAUGCCUACAGAUGUAAACAAACAAUAAAAAAAAUCUGAUAAUCAUUUAAUAGUGUUUUAAUAUGUAUCAAAGUUUUUUAUAUUAACACCAAAUCACUGUACAGGAAAUGUUUAUCAAAGUUAUUUAUAUUUACAUGUUUACAUUACUGCAUUGCAGGCAUCACUGUACAAAAGUUAUUUAUAUUUACAUGUUUACAUUACUGCAUUGCAGGCAUCACUGUACAAAAGUUAUUUAUAUUUACAUGUUUACAUUACUGCAUUGCAGGCAUCACUGUACAAAAGUUAUUUAUAUUUACAUGUUUACAUUACUGCAUUGCCAG